CAGACGUCAUGGUCGAUGGGAUUGUGACGUGAUGGCACGAGCUACGAGUAGAUAUGAGGCGAUCGUCUGACCGAAAUCGAAUGAUGUCUGCUUGAAGUUGGUGGUUCGUAUAUACUUCGGAGUUGCUGCAAUUGGCCUGUUUUGGAGCAUCGGUUCCUCCUCGGUCCCUGGGUGCUUCUAUUCGCUUUCUUUGUAGUCAAUAAUCCGGGUGUAACGACCAUUAUAUGAUAUGUGACGGACAGACAGACAGACAGACAGACAAUUCAUGGGUUCCUUAGCAACUGCAGAACUAUGCGACACAAACGCAGCUCUCCUCUCGAGCGGCGACAUCCGUGUCCUGCCACCAAUGUUCAAGAUCUACGGCCAAAGUCGCGCAUUCUCCGGGCAAAUCGCAACGGUGAAAGUAUUCGAAGACAAUGUGCUGGUGCGGGGGCUUCUAGAAUCGAAAGGCGAGGGUCGAGUGCUGGUGGUAGAUGGUGGGGGGAGCAUGAGAUGCGCCCUGGUCGGCGGGAACCUGGCCCAGCUGGCUCAGAACAACGGGUGGGCCGGGGUGAUCGUGAAUGGGUGCAUACGCGAUGUAGACGAGAUCAAUGCCUGCGACGUCGGGGUGAGAGCAUUGGCGUCGCACCCACUGAAGUCGAACAAGAAGGGACACGGCGAGAAACAUGGCUCGAUCAAUAUCGCCGGGACAAUGAUCCGCGACGGGGAGUGGGUGUAUGCGGACAGCGAUGGCAUUCUUAUCUCCACAGGUGAGCUCUCUAUCUAGUCUUGGUUUUAUAUAUGCAAUUGCAAAUGCAGUACAUUGAUCUUUUUUAAUUAAAAGUGUGACAAUAAAUUUCAGAUAUUGUUCCAAUGGGCACUUAGAUAAAACUCUUUUAACUUUUGCUA